AUGGAAGAAGACACAUCAAGAGGGACUUCCAAAAGAAGGAAGACGAAUGACAGUAGCAAUGCCAAUCAUUCUUUGCUCCAUAAGAACUUAGGUCGUGUAAGUGGAAGUGACUCAAAUAAUAACCAUCCCAAGCAGUUCACGCAGCAGAAUAAGAAGACAAAUAAAAAUGUGCCGCCCGCAUCGACCCCUGAUAAUGCUCAGAAUUCGUCCCAUUUUAAUACAAAUCCAAGUGCAAACCAAAAUGUAUCCCAUCCCAGCAACAAGCGCAAUGCUAGCAGCACCCAGAUGAAUAGCAGCAAAAGAAAGUGCACCAGUAAUCGACUAAACGACGGAGAUCACCCUUUUUUGAAGAGGCCGCCGGAAAGAGCCCUGUACGUGGACUAUGGCGAAACGGAGAGGAAGAACUGCGUAAAUGUGCCCAGCAGAAUACACCUUUCGGACAGCUUAAAAAAUACCUACACAGACAAUACGAGUUUUAAAAGAAACCAGAAAGAGCAGCAAAAUAAAGUGGGCCUGUCAUCGAAUGAAUACACCAAUUAUAAAGUAACAACGGAGAAUAGCACGACGUAUGACCAUGCGAGGAGGCUAAACUACAUGUGGAAUGUUUACGUGGACGAAUUACUCGGUUUGACAAACACAGAAGAACUGCCCCUAGACACCAUAAAUGACAUGGAGUUGAACGGAGCUGAAAUUGAAAUCCACAAGUCUCGUUGUGCCUCAUAUAUUGGCAUCAAAGGGAUAAUCAUCCUGGAAACGCAAAACGCGUUCAAAAUAGUAACCCCCAAGAACAAGGUCUUAAUAAUGCUGAAAAACAAAACCGUGUUUAUCCUCACCAUAAAAGAUAAGCAGUACUACCUGCAUGGCGUCCAGCUGCUCCGCGACCCCGCCUUAAAAUCAUCCAAAAAGUACAAAGUGCUCCAGAACAGGGCUAUUUAAAAAGGGGCCAUUUUACUGCGUCAUUCGAGGAUUCGCAUAAGCACGAAUUUCAUUUUUUUCCUCUUUUUUUUAACUGUAAUUUUUACGUGUAACAUUUUUAUAAUUAAAUUUUGUACACCGCGUAGUGUGCAUCUCAAUUCGUUUGUCAUUUUACCGUCGUUUAGUGAUACGGAGUGGAUUUUUAUUUUUUCCUCCCCCCCAAUUUGUUACUUGCGUUUACUCCGCACUGCUUCAUUUUUAUGUGAUUUUUUGCGCCUAUGUGAAUACUCGCACAUCCACACGUUUAGCUUACCACAAGGUUGUGGGGCGUCAGGCAGGGGUGCGCAGGUGUAUGCACAGCUGCAUGCACAGCUGCUAUGUAUAUAUGUGAGUGUUUUCUUUUUUCUCCCCCAGUUAGAGCGGAUAUAUGCAGACGCAUUGCGCAGUUUUUUCUCGCUGUAUGCUGAAUCCCCCAUUUGUUCUUCCCCCCUUUCUGCUAAUUUGCAUUCGCGUACAAUUAUACUUUACUUUUGGAACAACUCCAAAGGGGGUUAAAUGACACACAACAUUUUGCCAAUCCUUUUCUUUAAUUAACUGACCCAAUUCACCGCGUUAUUUUAUCACACUUUUUAAGUUUUCACUUUUUUUUUUUUUUUUAUGCUGAAAGGAAAUGAAACCACAAGCAUCUUUCCUUUUCCUGAGCAAAAUUGCCUGACGAAUGUAAAGCGGCAUUUCAGUUAAAGAGAACUUUUCCAAGCAAGUCAGCAUCGUGUAUUUUUUUUUAUGUAUGCAUGAAAUGAGUUCUUGCUAAGGGAGUAAUUGCCGUAACGAUGAAUUGUUUACGUCACCGCAGGGAAAAUUAUCAACGUCGUUUCUACAUUUUUCGCUUGUGCUCUCGGAGAGGUUCACUCUCUCACAUUUCCGCUAGUUAACCAAUUUAAGCCCUGAGUCAAAGGUAAUCAGGCUUGCCAAUCACGCGUACUAACCAGGCUUGCUAACCACGCCUGCCGACCAGCAACGGUUCCUCCGCACAAGCUAAACAG